GCUUAUGCCAUGUUCUAUGCUGUGAAAAUAUUAAAUACUUAUCUUUUUAUUUGCAAAAAUAAGUAAAGUUACAAUGGCUAGCUCAGAAAAUAAACUGAAGUUGAUUUGUGUUGAUGGUAGUGUGCACAGUGACCGAGCUGUGGAAUGGUUUUUUGACAAUGUAUACAUGCAAGGUGAUGAAGUUGGCAUUGCUCAUAUCCAUGUGUUGCCGGAUAUGCCAUCGUUUGGUUUUUAUGCCCAUCCUAACAUGGAGAAAAUCUCACACACCAAGUAUUUUAAAGAUGGUGAAGCCAUUGUUGAUGCUUCAUAUCAGGAACGGAUUCAAAACAGUGUGUUAGACAGUCAGGCUGUUGUGGAAAAAUACAAGGAAAUGGUGAAGACCAAAGGGGUGGAGCCACAUGUUUUUGUUGAAACCAUGCAUGACUCUGUAGGCCAUACUCUGUGCAAACUGGCGAAGAAAAACCAUGCAAAGGUUAUCGUGAUUGGACAACGUGGACUUGGAACUGUCCGCCGAACACUUUUUGGUAGCGUCAGCGAUUAUGUUCUUCACCACACACACAUUCCAGUCAUUGUAGUCAUGCCUGAGUAAACAUUUGCAUGUGUAUUUAUUUUUUCUUUUGGGUUAAGCUGAGAAUGAUGAUGACGAUAAUGAUGAUGGUCUUAUAUUCAUAUAUAUUAUUUACAGUAUUUGCUUCUAAUAGAAAUGUGUUUUUUAAUUCAGA